AUGGGUGUCCCUUCUCUUCGCUGCCAAGUUGCGAUCUGGACGCAGCCCUUCUGCAUUUGCGCUUUCUUUGCCUCCUUUCUCGCCUGCUCUUCUUCUCGGCUGCCCGCCAAACUCUACUCCAGCCCUUCACCUUCUCCUCCCUGUAGCGACGUCAGGGAGGUCGGGACGAUUUUAACAAUCUGGUACCGAAAUAUAGUCAUUCCUUUGCUUAGAGUUGCAGACAGGUGUAAUUUCUGCAGCCUCUCUGAUAUUCUGGCUAUUAUGUGCCCUCUCCGUCGUCUGUAA